UAUUGUCAAUUUUCCGAGGUAAAUUUAAUGCAGCAAAAUUACAAGCGUAAUUUUAGGAUUUUCGAUUGGUUCAAGGAGCUAAAUCAGCGUUGUUUUAUCUGAAACAUGAUUAGCUUUUACCUGAAUUUCUUUAUCUGAAAACCUUUACGAAGUGGCACCUUUUAAAAUACAAAAUUAAGGAUGACGUCGAAAAUUAAAGUGGGAAAGGUUGGCUCAAAGAGCAAAGAAGAUGCUCCCUAUGAGCUGGAAAGCCAGUUUGUCCUGAGACUUCCUUCGGAGUAUGCUUCAACAGUAAGAAGAAUUGCACAAUCUGGGAGUAUGAACAUAAAAGACAGACUUACCAUCGAGUUGCACCCUGAUGGUCGCCACGGAAUAGUGAGAGUGGACCGUGUUCCUUUGGCCUGCAAACUGGUGGACUUACCUUGUAUGAUUGAGUCUCUGAAAACUGUAGAUAAGAAAACGUUUUACAAGACUGCUGAUGUCUGCCAGAUGCUGGUGUGUACACUAGAUGGAGACCUUUUUCCUCCGCUGGAGGAGCCAACUGGCACCGACCCCAAGAGCAAAAAGAAAGAUAAAGACAAGGACAAGAAAUUCAUUUGGAAUCAUGGCAUAACCUGCCCACUGAAGAACACGCGCAAGCGACGAUUUCGGAAAACAGCCAAAAAGAAGUACAUUGAAUCUCCUGAUGUGGAAAAGGAAGUGAAGAGAUUACUGAGUACAGAUGCUGAUGCUGUCAGCGUUCGAUGGGAAAUUAUAGCAGAGGAUGAGUCCAAAGAAGCAGACCAGCAUGGGUCUCUGGCUAAUCUGGACUCUUCACCUGGUACUUCAGGACAUAAGGGUCACGGGUCCUCAGUCCCGCGCGACGAGCUGAGGGAGAUCUUCAACGACAUCAGCAGCUCAAGUGAGGAAGAGGAGGACGAAGGGGACCGGCAUGAAGACGAGGACCUGAAUAUCAUGGACACAGAGGAUGAUCUAGUGCGACAGCUCCAGGAAAAGCUCAACGAGUCGGAUUCUGCUCAGCAUGAAAGCGACAGAAACAACCAGAUAGUUAUGGAGUACCAGGUGCAGAUUAACAACAUAAAGGCCAAGCUUCAGGAAACUCUUGCCCGCAAGAAACAACAGGAAGAGCUCAUCAUGAAGGUGGAAAACCAGGCCCUGAAAAACCGUUUCCAGGCCUUGCUGGAUGAGAUUAUUCAGCAGGAGGAGCGGGAGAUGGAGCAGCUGGCUUCCCUGCAGGAGCAGCUGGACUCGCUGAUUGAGAAGUGACCAGCAGGGGGCAGUCUCAAGCCAUCUUUAGCCAGGCUACUUCCAAGGAUGAGGAAGAGGAGGAGAUUAGGCUGAAGGCUGUACUUCAUUAGGAGACUUGCCAUGUCUUUUUUGUUAUUUUGCCAUUUUUAAUACGUGACAUCUGCAGCUUUCAUGUUUCUGUGUUAAUAUUUGACAUUUUCUGUUAAGUAAAUAAAAAUUCUGCAAGUUUCUGA